AUGGCAGUGUCUUCAAUCACUGCAACAUUAAUCCCUUCUCUUACAAUCUCAACUUCUCCUUCAUUUCCUUGCAAAACAACAAAACUCUCUUCCUUUUCUUUUAACAACAAUGCCUUCAGGACCACCCUUAAACCCACCCUUUCAACAACUAGGGUUUUUGCUGCUCCUGAGGUUUUGGAUUCUCAAACCACUCUAGACACACUUCCACAUACCAUUGAUGGACCUGACUCUGAUAGCUUUCAGGUUGGAGGUUCUGAGACACCCAGUUCUCAGUCAGUCAGUAUUGCUGCAGAUGCAGAUACGAUGGCACCGAAGCAGAAAAUUAGAAUCAAGCUAAGAUCUUUUUGGGUCAAAUUGAUCGAGGACUCCUGCAAGCAGAUAAUGGAUGCUGCAAGGACCACCAAUGCAAAGACCAUGGGUCCUGUGCCAUUACCAACCAAGAAGCGUAUUUACUGUGUUCUUAAAUCCCCCCAUGUGCACAAAGAUGCAAGGUUCCAUUUUGAGAUCCGAACCCACCAACGUCUUAUAGAUAUUCUGUACCCAACUGCACAAACAAUAGAUUCAUUGAUGCAACUUGACCUUCCUGCUGGAGUUGAUGUGGAGGUCAAGCUCUGA